GAUACAUUUUCCAGCAGCGUCACUGUACGCGCGACAAAAAUCUAUAUUAAAAUGGAGGAGAAGAGUGCCCAGGCUGCGGAGCGAGAAACCAAGAAGGAUGAAGCCCACGAAAAAGACGCGCGAAAUAAGAGCUCGAAGAAGAGAGAAGCUCGGAAAAAAAAGAAAGAGACGGCGCAUGCAGCUAGUGAAAACCAUAACAAUAAUAAGGAGGAGAAAGAAAUGCCUAGUGCGUGCAAUAUCUCUAUAAAGGACAUCCAGAUGGCAAUGGAAGUAUUCAAUUUACAACAAAAACCUGCCAAAACUCAGGAGGAAGCGAUGCAGAAGUCUUAUCAAUUUUGGAGUACACAGCCUGUACCAAAAAUGGAUGAAAAAAUUGUGCGCAACGAGCCAAUUGAGCCUGAUAAGACAUCUAUUAGAGCAGAGCCAUAUUCGCUACCUGCUGAUUUUCAAUGGGAUACUUUGAAUUUAGAUGAUCCUCUGGUAUUAUCAGAACUGUAUACGUUACUUUCAGAAAAUUAUGUCGAAGACGACGACGCUAUGUUUAGAUUUGAUUAUCCUCCCAACUUUUUGAAAUGGGCGCUGCAGCCUCCUGGUUGGUGCAAAGAAUGGCAUUGUGGUGUGCGAGUGAGCAAGAGCGGACGUCUAGUCGGUUUUAUUUCCGCUAUCCCAGCCACUUUACGCGUCUAUAAUCAUACUCAAAAAAUGGUGGAAAUCAAUUUUCUAUGUGUGCAUAAGAAGUUAAGAUCUAAGAGAGUAGCACCUGUAUUGAUACGUGAAAUUACGAGGAGAGUAAAUCUGAAGAACAUCUUUCAGGCUGUGUACACUGCCGGAGUUGUUUUACCAAAACCUAUCGCUACAUGCAGGUACUGGCAUCGAUCGUUAAAUCCAAAGAAAUUAAUCGACAUCAAGUUUUCUCAUCUUACUCGCAACAUGACGAUGCAGAGGACUUUAAAGCUAUAUAAACUGCCAGAGAACACAAAAGUAUCAGGUUUCAGAAAGUUGGUUUACACUGAUAUACCACAAGCGCAUAAAAUAUUGACGGAAGUAAGUGUAAAGGCUGAACUUUUCGAUAGGAUCGUCACAUCCAUUUUUAAUACGAAUUAA